AUGGACGAAAUUCUCAACCUCCCGGCCAGCGACUCGAGCGGAACCUUAUCGAUAUCGCGAGGACAGUUGCUCUGGUGCUGGGAGACUCGCGAGUCGGCGUUGUUUGACUUGGAGAGCAUACCGCUUGCCACCGCCCUCAAAAAUUGCAUCGAGACCAGAUACCGCUUGGAGGUUGGAAUUCAAGCCAUCCUCGACUCGAUAAGUGAUGCGAAUCAAUCUAUCCAAGAUCCAUGGCAAACACCAGACUUGGUAAAGUAUCUGGAUUAUAUCGAGCUCCAGAAGAUGAUUCCGGACGCACCUGCGACGGCGGCUGCGCCGCACGUCAGUGCCGAAUCUGGGCAGAGAGCUGAAGAGGCUUUGGACAAAGAGCAAACUGCAAAGCGGUUCUGGACAUCACACCAAGCUACCAUAACAGGACCGCACAAUUAUGCAGAGCAAACACAUCCAAUUAGUAGCUCCUCACAAAGGCAUCAACAGCAACAGCAGUCGAGCCCUAAACCGCGACGGAGUAUACCGAGUACAGAAAAAGAGUGGUCCCGGACCGAAGACCAAAAAAUAAGGGACGGAAUACAAGCCGACUUGGCUGGACAGGACAUAUACAUGAUAAGAUUCCUUGGGCACAUUCCAACUAGAACAGAAGCACAAGUCUUACGCAGAUACAAUCUCCUUAAACAAACCGUCCGAAAUGAUUCGCAUGUGGCAAUUCCUGGCAAUCAAACUUCCCAGAGUUCAAUGACAACACAGAACACGUUAAACGCUGAAAUCCCACUUCAGACAUUCCAGCCAAUACCCCAUUCCAUACAGGAGGUCCAACAAGAACUCGUGGAAGCAGUGACUGUAUUAGCCGAGGAAAACGCCAAGCCACAAGCGCAAGCUCAAGUUCAGCAGCAAACUCAUCUGCAAGCAAGCAUGCAGAUAAUGCAAAAUCAACAAGGAGCCCAGAGAAUGCAAAACUCCAUACAACAUCUCAGGCCACCACAACAUCUGGACCAGCCAUUCCAAGGUCAAAUCAUGCCGAACCAUUUGCGACAGUUCCAAAAAAAGACGUUGCAGCAACUGCAUCAGCUACAACCAUUCCGAGCACGAGCACAUGCCCAAGCCCAAGCACAGGCACAGAGCCAAGCCAGUCUCCAGCAGGAAGCUUCUCAACAACAAGGAAUGAACAUGAUGCAAUUCCAACAAGCCGCUCAGAGAAUGACGCCUCAAACGAGAGCUGAACAAGCAACGCAGAACGUGCAGGCAUCACCCCGACAAAACGUCCAGCCAUCUGAGUUCAUUGAAGAAGUCGAGGCAGAAGAAGAAGAGAGCGAAGGCAUAAAAUUUGUUGAAGGAAACAAUAUAUAUAAUCAAGUGUUGAAAUUCCAGCGCCGGAAUGCUCAGAAUCCCUACUUGAUGGGAGACUUUGGAACCAACCCCAAAGAUGUCAUUCGGAGAAAUAGUUGGAACAGGCUGAUAGAGAUACUCAAUCAUGAUCAAAGCCGGGGUUGA